AAUAAAUCAGUCUGUGUAACCCCUAAAAUUCCUCGCCUCUCCUCGAGGAUACUCAUAAUUAAGCUCCCUUGCCCGCGGCCACCUCCGCCGCCGCCGCCGCCGCGCUGGAGCUCCAUCUCCUCGCCGCCGCUUCUUCUGCAUCUCCAUAGCUCACCAGAUUGUCGCUACUUCGAAUAGACGUCCGACUUCCUCGCCUUUCUGUUGCCCUCCACUGAACAGGAAGCGCCUGCUCAUAUCCUUCUUUAGCUUCUCAACAGCAAAAAAUGGCAGAAGCAGAGGAGGAAAACAGAGAGGAAAUCGUCGUCGAGAAGAAGAGCAAAAGGAAUAGGAAGAAACAGAAGACGGAGAAUCCAUCCCAGAAGGAAGAAACCCAGGAGCGGAAGCAGAACGGCGAAGGGAAACCACAGCAGCAAGAUCAAGUCGCCGGCGGCGACCACCCUGCUCAAAACAACAACGGCGGCGGCAGCAGCAAGAAGAGGAAACAGAGAGAAGCAUUUCCAUUCGGAAACUACAGAAACUACUACGGAUACCGUAUUGGUCAGGAGGUGGAUGAAGAUCCGAGGCUUAAGGUCUUAAAGAGGGAGUGGUUUGAAGGGAAAGAUUGUCUCGACAUUGGCUGCAAUAGUGGCAUAAUCACCAUCCAUAUUGCCAAAAAGUAUAACUGCCGGAGCAUCCUUGGAGUAGAUAUAGACACUGCCCGUAUUUCUGAUGCAUAUUGGCACUUGAGAAAAUUUUCGAGAGAGCACUCUGGGAGCAGUAGUACAAAUGUAUCCAAGGAGGAAGUCAAAGAGAAAUUGAAAGCUUCCAAGCAAAUUGCACAUGUAGUACCAGGAGAUGGCGAGGAGAUCAAGAAAGAAGCAUCAUUUUCUGAGAAAAGAAAUCUGUUUGAUGUUGUUUCCUUUCGACAAGAAAAUUUUGUUGACAGUCGGCACUCCCAUGAGAAGCAGUAUGAUACUAUUCUAUGUUUGAGUGUUGCAAAGUGGAUUCACCUGAACUGGGGAGAUGAUGGGUUGAUUACCCUAUUUUCUAAAGUGUGGAAACUUCUUGUCCCGGUAUUCCUAUAUUAAUCCUUUAUCUUCUCUUGGGGUGGCACUUUUAUCUUGGAGCCGCAGCCUUGGGAUUCGUAUAAGAAGAACUAUCAAGUCUCCAAGACAGCAGCUGAAAAUUACAGAAACAUAAUGUUUCCCCCAGAGAGUUUUCGGGAAAUUUUGCUAGAUAAGAUCGGUUUCAGAUCCGUCGAGGACCUCACUGCAGGGUUGACAGGCAGUAAAACGGGAUUCAAUCGGCCGAUUUUCGCAUUCCACAAGUGACAAUCUAAGUGCCAUCUGGAGUUUGAUGAUAUGGGGUUUGGGGAGUCUUCUCCGGAAGCUACAUUUUGUUCAGCCCAUAUCGUUAUAGUUGACAGAAGCCUAUGAAGGUGGUGUUCUUAUUAUGUGAGCAUCACAGGAGCUCCUGCUCACACUAUCUCUCUUCAUAACCCCAUCUGUUGCACUUAGUUACAAGUGGAAGUUGGUCACUGCCAAUAUGUAAAUUGAAUUCAAAUGUCAAUGUGGAUCAUCACCGUGGUUUCUUAGACGGUUUUGGUAAUUAAAUCGGUCACUACUUCGGAUUAUUUUCUCCAACGCUAACCC